AUGUUGCAAAUCUUCGGCCAGUACCACAGCAGCCCUUGCUUCAGGCUCGGAAGUGUCCGCAGCCCUUCCUGUGAAGUCCGGGCGUUGGACUAUAUGAUGCGAGGCAAAACCUCAAGGAUGUGGGCCAAGCACAAUCGUGUCAUUUUGAAUGCCCGACAGAGCUUAGAGAAGGCACCUGCGCAGUGUGGAGGAAUGGGGAGCCCUCAUCCUCCUCCGGCUUCAUCCUCCUCCACGCCUGCGCCUACGUAUGAUGACGCCACUACAGCCAUGUCAAAGCCCCAAGCGCAUGGUUGUCAUUAUUGGAAGUGCGAUCGCCUCCGUGACAUCAGCGAUGAUCUGCUCACCGCUUUGGUCCGGGCAGUCCGCGAACAUGGAGUGAUCGUGAUCCCAGACCAAUCCCGGAGCCUCGAGGAGCAAGAGUGCUUAUGA